GGGGGCUCUGACCAGUCAGUCGCCUUUGAUUAUCAGUUGCCAGCAGCCCCUCGCUUGGCUCCUUGACAUGAGCUCCAUAUAAGGCAGAGAUCUCCAUAGAAACGUGUCACUUUCAAUAGUAGUGUCAAAGUUCACUAUAUACAGACAUUCGCGCAGAUCCCCCUUUCGGAAACAUUGCUGUGCCAGUCUUCCCGUUAUAAGGCAUUCAUUUGUUGUGUGUCUCUCUGUGUGCCUUUCUCUCUAUCCCCCUCUCUUUCCCUCUCCCUCUCUCUCUCUCUUUAUUGCAUAUUCUAUGAGCCUGUCUCUGUGUGUGUGUGUGUGAGUGUGUCAGUGAGUGAGUGAGUGUGUUUUUUUUUUUUUUUUUUUCCUUUUCUGUGUUUUUUUUUUUACCCCUCACCUCUUUCACUCCAUUCCAGCACCAGAACCUUCAGCUCUAUCACUGGCUUCCUCAUCGUCCUAUGCAAAAGACUUUUAUUUCAUCAUUAUUUUUUUAUGAUUAUUUUCUUCUGCACCAAGAGGACAACAGCUCCCACCAUUGACUUUUCCCAGACUUCAGAAGAUGCUGAUGAUAAUUGUAUAAGCCAUCUAUCUCCAGGAAUAAAGCAGCAGAAGAAGAGGAAGCAGAAGAAGAGGAAGGUGCUCCUGCUUGUUGGCUGCACACUUUUGGAUUGUUACUUUGUGUUUUUUUGUUUUUUGUUUUCUCCCACAAUGUGGCACUUGCUCCUCUAAUGACAGAUCGAGGAUUAUUUGUCCUCCUGACAUCAUAAAAGCAAAAUAGACAGAGGAGAGAGAGAGAGAGAGAAGAAAAAAAAAUCAAAGGAGAAAGGGGAAGUGUCUUGAACCUCUGGCUCCGGCGCUCCAAGGAUCAGCUCUGAAUGGCUGGCUGCACGCUGCCCUGGAUGUGGCCCCCUGGACACUUACAAUCCCUCGUCGGCUUCUGAGUGUUUGUUUAAGAUUUCUUGUAUUCCUUUUAUCGGCAGCACCGAGGGUGAAGCCUGCUACUGCCGCUGGCCGUCCUAUGUCUGGGGAGAUCGGGGCUGAGAAUCCUGCCGCCUCCCCAGCAGCCUGAUCUGACGCUGCUCCCUCCUCCAGAGUCAGCCACAGCCUGCAGCCCGGAGACCAGUCAUCACAGGCGGCACUGGAGACAAGACAGGGAGGGGGCCGCCCGGCUACACCGUGCCUGCACCCCCCCAGCGGCCACCCCGCUGCACCGUGCCUGCACCCCCCCAGCGGCCACCCCGCUGCACCGUGUCCGCACCCCCCCAGCGCCUCUCUCUACCUAGGAGACAUUUCUGCUCUGUGCAAAGAACGGGGGAAAUCCCUGCAAAGCAAAUCCAAGGAAACGGCUCCCAUCAGCGGCAACCACGGCAGAGACCGCCAGCUUCUUCUUCUCCUCCAAAAUAAAAUCCCCCCAGACCUCGCUCCCCAGCACUUUUUGGGCCCGAGAUAUGGCAAUGGUAGUUAGCAGCUGGAGAGAUCCGCAGGAAGACGUGGCCGGGGGGAACCCAGGAGGCCCUAACCCAGGGGCAACGCAGCCUGCAAGGGAUCAGCAGCAGCAGCAAGCCCCCCACACUCCACAGACCCCCAGCCAGCCGGGACCCCCCUCCACCCCGGGCGCGGCUGGAGACAAGGGCCAGCAGGGUUCAGGCCAGAGCCAGCAGCAGCACAUCGAGUGUGUGGUGUGCGGGGACAAGUCCAGCGGCAAACACUAUGGCCAGUUCACCUGCGAGGGCUGCAAAAGUUUCUUCAAGAGGAGCGUCCGGAGGAACUUAACCUACACAUGUCGUGCCAAUAGGAACUGUCCCAUAGACCAGCACCACCGGAACCAGUGCCAGUACUGCCGGCUCAAGAAGUGCCUGAAAGUGGGCAUGAGGAGGGAAGCGGUUCAGCGAGGACGAAUGCCUCCAACCCAGCCGAACCCAGGCCAGUAUGCCCUAACCAAUGGGGACCCCCUGAAUGGCCAUUGCUAUCUGUCCGGAUACAUCUCCCUUCUGCUGCGGGCUGAGCCCUACCCCACCUCCCGCUAUGGCAGCCAGUGCAUGCAACCUAAUAACAUCAUGGGCAUAGAGAACAUCUGCGAGCUGGCAGCCCGGUUACUGUUCAGUGCUGUGGAGUGGGCCAGGAACAUCCCCUUCUUCCCUGACCUGCAGAUCACUGACCAAGUGUCCCUGCUCAGGCUGACUUGGAGUGAGCUGUUUGUGCUGAAUGCAGCUCAGUGCUCCAUGCCCCUUCAUGUGGCCCCUCUCCUGGCAGCUGCUGGCCUCCAUGCCUCCCCAAUGUCUGCAGACCGAGUGGUGGCCUUUAUGGACCACAUCCGCAUCUUCCAGGAGCAGGUGGAGAAGCUUAAGGCCUUGCACGUAGACUCUGCAGAAUACAGCUGCCUGAAAGCCAUCGUCUUGUUCACAUCAGAUGCCUGUGGCCUUUCAGAUGCUGCUCACAUUGAGAGUCUACAGGAAAAGUCCCAGUGCGCCCUGGAGGAGUAUGUUAGGAGCCAGUACCCCAACCAACCGAGCAGGUUCGGUAAACUUCUGCUGAGGCUGCCCUCCCUGCGCACUGUCUCCUCCUCAGUCAUUGAACAGCUCUUCUUCGUGCGCUUGGUAGGUAAGACCCCCAUAGAAACCCUCAUCAGAGAUAUGUUAUUAUCUGGAAGUAGCUUCAACUGGCCUUACAUGUCCAUCCAGUGCUCCUAGAGAACAGCCACAGAGACAACUCCUUAAUAUAUACAAACUCCUUAGGAAAUGUGGUGUAUGUGGAAAACCUCCUAUAAGGAAGGACCAAUGGGAUCCAUAAUGCUAAAUAUAAAGGACGAGAAGCCUGAUGGAUAAUGCACUGUGGACUGGAUGUAUUGUGUACAGACCUGCAGACCCGCACAUUGAUCCCACGAACAUUUGGUGUCGAUUUUGUAAGAUAUUAGUCUUUAUUUUCAUUUUUUUUUUUUUUUUUGUAAAAAAAAACAACAAACAAACAACAAACAUUGUAUGCGCAUAAAGAAAGCAAGACAUAAGAAUUAGGGGAAAUAACACUUUCCAAAUCAUUAUAAGAGAAGAACCUCGUCCUGUGUCUAUGUAUCUAUAUCUGUUUUGUAUUUUUUCUGGUUCCAAACCAGGUUUUUUUUUUUUUUUUUUUUUUCCUGUAAUUCUCUACUAAUAAUAAUUUUUUGAUAUAACCCUUUGCUUCUUAUAAUGAGUGCGAUCUAUGUUGUCCAAGCUUAUUAUGUUCUUCAAGAAUUAAAAAAAAAAAAAAAUAAUUGAAGUGAGAAUUUAAACAAAAAUAAAAGACUUUAGCAAAAGUUUGUCUUUUUAUU